AUGGCCUAUAAACCAAGAAGCCCUACUGACUCGUCCUCAUUCUCAAGCCCCGGGCCAUCUGGAAGCUGGCCAGCCAGCUAUCAGCCCUCCGAUCAAGGGUUGGCCUCUUUUAAACUUCCUCCUAUUUUGGGCAGAAGCUCAGAUAUUCCGCCUCCAAAGGAGGUUGCACAGCCUAGAAGAUUUCCCUCAUUGCCAUGGCUGGAAACGGAACAACGACAUCAUCCCACGGCAUCUGACCGCAUAGUUUCUACCUCCGAUUCUUCAAAUCCUCUUUCUCCAUUCCGCCGUGGAUCCGUGCUCAGCAACUCUACACACGUCUCGCCUACUUCGCCAGUGUCUCUUCCCCCUUUGCGCACCACGGGACUACAAAAGGCACCGGCUGAUCAAUUACAAACUCCAAUAGAAGACAGCCAGAAGGAAGAGGACAACAGACCCGCCAAGCGCCUGAGGAUGGAAUUGGGCGAGAUGGUCAACGAUUAA